UUCAAUUGUGGAGGUUUAUUUUCUGCCACAAUCGCCGUCUCUUACACGUUGCAACCCUAGAAAGGCGUAUUGCGGCGGGGCUUUCUAUCUGAUGUCAAGUAAGUUGAAAUGCUCGAUUAUUCCCCUUUCUCAUUCUAUGUUCGUUCAACCAUGAUUGUCAAUGCAUCAUUCGGUUCAUACGAUUUACGCAGUUGAGUGUCUGGUUCUAAGAAUCGAUUCUUCUAAUCGGAAAUGUUUGUUCAGAUCUGUAAGCGAUCACUGUUAUCUAUAUCAAAUAGGGAGAGGGUUUUAGUGAACUCAAAUGCCCAUUUGGGGCUUCGUCAAUUUUAUACAGCCAAAAGUUCUUCAGCAGGUGUAAGAGAUGAUGAACAAGAACGCUCAUUUACAGUGAAUUACCUUGUCAAUUCCUGCUUCUUGACGUUAGAAGCUGCUAAAUCUGUGUCUAAAAAGGUUCAUUUUGAGAAUCCCAAAAAGCCAGACUUGGUCCUUAAUCUUCUCAAAGAUCAUGGGUUUACUAGUAAACAAAUCUCUACAAUCAUCAGGGUUCGUCCACAAGUGCUGGUAUCCGAUGCGGAGAAGAUCCUUUUGCCGAAACUUGAAUUUUUCCGUUCAAAACAUGUUUCAAACUCUGAUGUCACAAUGGUUGUUGCUGGAAACCCAAACAUCCUCUGCGUCAACUUGGAGAAAAAUUUCUUUCCUUGUUAUGAUUUCCUCAAGAGUGUAGUUGGAAGUGAUCAGAGGGUCUUCAAUUUAUUGAGGCGAUCACGUUGGCAUUCUUCAUUGUUAUAUUUGGAGAAAUUUUUACUUCCAAAUGUGUCGCUUAUGAGAGAAAUUGGGUUGCCAGAGUCCUCUAUCUCGCUACUUCUAUUGCAUAAGCCCUUUUUAAUCUGCCAGGCAACAGAAAAGUUAGAUAAAAUUAUCAGAGAAGUUUUAAAUAUGGGAGUUAACCCUUUAAAAAUGGUCUUCAUUGAUGCACUUGGAGUGAUUCAUAGUUUGAGCAAAUUAUCGUGGGAACGUAAAAUGGAGGCCUACAGGAGCUGGGGUUUGUCUGAUGAUCAGAUUUUGGCAGCUUUUAGGAAGAGUCCAAAAUUGAUGGCUUUAUCUGUGAAGAAAAUAUCAAGGGUGAUGGGCUUCUUUGUCAACGAGAUGGGUUGGACGUCUUCUGUUGUUGCUGAAGCACCAAUUGCUUUAUCCUACAGUUUGGAGAAGAGAAUUAUUCCUAGGUUCUUGGUCCUUAAAGCUCUGCUGUUAAAGGGUAUCAUUGCAGAAAAGGACUUUUCUAUCUGUACCAUUUUGCUACCAGAUGAGAAACGGUUCUUGGACAGGUUUGUGAUAAAAUAUCAGAAACAGGCUCCUCAACUAAUGAGCAUAUUCCGAGAAAAAGUUGGUCAUCAGAAGUUAGGUUCCAGAUAUGAGGAAGUUUAUAGUUGAGAUAUUGUUUGUCAUUCAUCUUUGAGCAGAAGUGGCUCUUUGGGAAUUCCUUUUUGUUGAUUGAAAAAGUCAUUUUUCAGUCCAUACCCCUCUUUCUUCAAUUGAAGAGGAAGUGGCUCAUUGGGAAUUUGAUUUUGUUGAUUAGAAAAAUGUUUCUCCGUCCUUACUUCUUACAUCAAUUGUAGGGGAACUGGCUGUUCGGGUA